AUGGCGAUUCCGGAACAGGGCAUGGUUAUGAUCGUGGUGGGGGCGAUAUUGAUGUUCCUCAACACCUUCUUCGUCGGUCUACGAAUGUAUACUCGGAUCUUUAUCACGAAGCAUGUCCGACCCAAUGACUAUCUACUACUCACGGCUCUGGCCGCAUUUGGAGCUCUCUAUGCUCUCUUGAUUUUAGGCGUCCAGGGUGGAAUCGGCGGCAGCAUCCUUCAGGCGACACUACCCGGGAUCGCUAGCGCUCUCAAAGUACUUUUUUUCCUGGAAAUCAUCUACGUUGUUCUUACUUCCGCAAUGAAAGGGAGCAUUGCUUUGACCUUCAUUCGGCUGUCGCGUUCGAGGAUCCUGACUAAACUGUUUUGGGUAUCAAUUGGCUUGGACGUGGCCAUCAGCCUUGCCUUCAUCAUCUAUUUGUUGGUCCAGUGCCAGCCGAUUGACUUCGCAUGGAGAAUGCUGGAUGCGGAUGCAAGGGGACACUGCCUUCCACUCACUGGUCAGCUCUAUAUGGGAUAUGCGCUGUCUAUUGUGACGGCAACUCUGGAUGGUCUUUUGAUGAUUUCACCGUGGCUCAUGAUGAGAGGCCGCAACCUGAACUCAAGAUUGAAGAUGUACAUCUACGGCAUCUUCGGACUGGGAAUUCUCGCAACGAUUGCGAAUAUCAUCCGCCUUGUGGCACUGGUCAAACUCAAGGGAUCGAAGGACCAACUUGUCGACGCAGCCCCCGUAUUCAACUGGUCUGCCAUCGAGGUCAGCAUCGGUAUCAUCAUUGCUGGAUUGAUCGAACUUGGCCCGCUUGCCGCCAAGUACAACAUCAAGGGCUUCGAGUCCUACGUCGGCGACGACACCGAGAUGCUUACAAAGCCAAUCACUCACGAGUCAAGGGUGGACGAUUAUGAAAUGGAAACACGAAAGAUGUAA